AUGGCAGAUAUUUCAGGAAAAAGCAACAAAUCAUUCGUUCUCGAAAAGCCUUUCUCUGUCAAAUUCGAAGAGAGACCAGUUCCCAAGCUCGAAUCUGAACACGAUGUCCUCAUUGCCAUAAACUAUACCGGUAUCUGUGGAUCCGAUGUUCAUUACUGGGUUGAAGGCGCAAUCGGUCCCUAUGUUGUGAAAGAUCCCAUGAUUCUUGGCCACGAGUCUGCUGGUACAAUUGUUAGCGUUGGUUCCGCAGUGAAAACUUUGAAGGUUGGAGAUCGUAUUGCCCUUGAGCCUGGUUAUCCAUGUCGUCGUUGUCCAGCUUGUCUUUCGGGUCAUUACAAUCUGUGUCCCGAAAUGCACUUUGCAGCUACCCCUCCUAUCGAUGGUACUCUUACAGGAUUCUAUUCUUCUCCAGCAGAUUUCUGUUACAAACUUCCUGAACAUGUAUCGCUUCAAGAAGGUGCUUUACUUGAGCCUCUUGCUGUCGCAGUCCACAUUUGCAAACAAGCCGUUAUUACCCCAGGACAAUCUGUCGUGGUAAUGGGAGCAGGUCCCGUUGGUCUGUUAUGUAUGGCAGUUGCUCGUGCAUACGGAGCAUCCAUCAUCGUCGCAGCAGAUAUCCAACCUAGCCGUCUCGAAUUCGCGAAAUCAUUUGCCGCUACCCACACUUUUACUCCUCAACGUGUCUCAGCUGCAGAGAACGCUGCAACACUGAAAUCUGAAAUUGGCCUCCCAGAAGGCGCAGAUGUUGUUAUAGAUGCCAGUGGAGCAGAGCCUUCCAUUCAAACCUCUAUAAAUGUCGUGCGUCGCGGAGGAACAUAUGUUCAAGGAGGAAUGGGUAAAGCAGACAUCAAUUUCCCCAUUAUGGAAUUGUGCACCAAGGAAAUCACUGCAAAGGGAAGUUUCAGAUAUGGAAGUGGUGAUUAUACAUUGGCUCUUCAAUUAGUUAGUACAGGAAAGGUAGAUGUCAAGAAGUUGAUUACUGGCGAAGUGCAAUUUGAGGAUGCGGAAGAGGCAUUCAAAAGUGUGAAGGAAGGAAAGGGGAUCAAGGUCUUGAUCAAGGGUCCCAAUGAAAAUUAA